ACCCACAAUGUUAAUUUGUUGUUCAUAUCAGACCUAUUUCAUUUUCAGAAAAGACUGCAAUAAGCAUUGGAUUACAAAAAUGAAGUGGGAUAAUUGUUAUUUCGUUUUGAUGCUUCAAAUGUCUACAUUAGCAACCACAAAGGAAAGACAUUGUAGAGUUACACAACAGAAAAAUGAAUGCGGAAACCAAGAUUGGUUAUGGAAUUGUACUCGGCUUAACUACCAAAGAAUUCCUCCUGAUUUCAAUACAAUGUUAAAAGGGAGAACAAUAUCAAUUGACCUUUCAAGGAAUAACUUUACCUUGAUAUCAUCUGAAACUUUUGCAAGCAUCAAAACCUCUAUAUUAAGGAAUAUCACAGCAUUGUACUUUAAAGACAAUAAACUACAAUUUAUAGAUGAAUUUUCUUUUCGGCGUCUUCCAAUGCUGUGUGUCCUUGACCUUUCGUGUUGUAGCCUGAAGACAUAUACUCUGAGAACGAGGGCAUUCUCAUCUCUUGGUAAUUUAAAAAUUCUAUACAUACAUGGCAAUCAAUUUUACUCAAAUUAUAGUUACCCCGAGAGCGAAUUAUCAAGACUAUGGUCUUUGCAAGAACUACACAUCGACGUCUUUGAAGGAUUUGGAUUUGGAAACAAUUUCAAACGUUUAAAGAAAUUGAGCACGUUGAAAUUUUAUACCACUGGGUCCAUUUUUCAUUUAUACAAUAACACGUUUAGUGGAUUAUCCGAAUCUCCCAUCUAUAAUCUGACAAUGGACUUUCAUCACAAGGUACGAUGUGACGUAAGUAAAUAUAUAAUGUGUUCAUUUCCUUUCCUCAGAAGGAUUGCGAUGUGUUUUGGUGGUCUCUGCGACUUGAAUACUGUGCUAAAGACGUUAAAGUGUUUGCAAAAUGGAAGUAUCGAAGAGAUAUCUGCAACCUCAAAUAUUCCAGUUCUUAUUAGACAACCCUUGUUUUUAAAUAAGAAGAAUUGUGACUAUCUCCUCAGCAUCUGUGUCAGGAACAUUGAUCUAAGGAAAAACCGAAUUAUGGGUAUUUCUGUAAAUCCACUUGAAACUAAUUUUGGAAAAUGUAUCGAAUAUUUGGACAUUUCAUCUAACAGAAUUACAUCUCUGGACCCGUCAGUAGUAAUCGACAUCUUGAGGAAUUACCCCAACCUUUAUCAUAUCGAUUUCAGUAGGAAUAAGUUCAGGGAUAUUAGUAAUAUAAUUAAAAAUUCAUCCCUAGUGCAAUUAAGUUCAAAACCAUAUAUAAAGUUCACUUUUUCAAAGGUGUUGAAAGUUGUUCGAUUUUCUCAUAAUUACCUUCCUGAUAUACCUGAUGGUGAUCAAUUUCAGUUGAAAAUUGUAGGCAAAGCUUUGAAAGAGCUGGACCUCUCCAAUUCAAAUAUCCCAUUUAGUAGGAUUGUAGAAAUAGAUUUCCCUCUUUUAGAGAUCCUAAAUAUUUCCUAUAAUAAAUGCACCAAUAUUUCGAUUUUGAAAACGUCAACAAAAUUAAAAAUCCUUCGAGCGUCAAAUAUGAAAGUCAAUUUUAUAGCUGAUGCAAGGGUGGUAACUUUAUUCGACGGUCUCAAGAAUUUAGAACUGUUAGAUAUAGAGAACAAUUCCAUUCAUAAUCUUCCGCCCACUUUAUUCAAAGAACAAACAAUGUUAAAGUACCUUUACCUCAAUAAAAAUCAUCUCUCAUCAAUACCUGCUGCAGUGGCACAUUUACGAAACCUAACAUAUUUAUACAUUCAAAAGAACAAAAUUAAGUCAUUGAAGACAUCUGACUUUCACGUACUCCAGAGUCUAAAAUAUGCGAAAAUUUUCAUUAAAGGGAACAUUUUAGAUUGUGACUGUAGCCAUAUUUCUAUGCUUCGUUGGAUGAAGAAUAAUUCGAAUCUCUUUGGUGAUCUUAACAAAACCGAUUGCAUCGAACAAUCUUCGAAAUUGUCGGAGCUCCUUCAAGUAAGACAAUUCGUUGUUUUCGAAAUGAAAUGUCAAACUGGGGUGUGGUUGAUAACUUCUUCCUUGAUGUUGUUUUUUGUAACAAUUGGAAUGGUGGUAGCAAUUGCUAUAAAGAGAUACCGUGUGCAUGUUGAUUACGUUAUUUUACGCCUGCGUAACAGGUUGAAAGGUGUAAUAAAUUCGGAAGGCAGUAAUACCUUCAAGUUUGAUGCUUUCAUAUCAUACUCUGAAGAUGACUACGAGCUGGUUAGCACAACAAUGUAUGAAGAGCUGACAAAUUUAGGAUUUCAAAUCAGCUUUCCCGAGAAAGACUUCAUUCCUGGAGUAUGGAAAGCUGAGCAGCUGGUGCAAUGUAUUAACGAAAGUCGAAAUGUAGUGUUUGUCGUUACAGAAAAUUUCCUAGACAGUGGUUGGAAUUCGUACGCCGUCCAGAUGGCAGUGACCCAUGCCUUUCAUAAUCUCCGAAAACGUUCCAUCAUAGUGGUUAUCAAGGACAACAUUCCCAUACAAAGAAUGCCAAAAACCUUGCGAUACAUUUGGUGGUGUAUAUUCAGUAUAAGAUGGCCAGAGAACGAAGACGUACAAGCGAUGAACAGCUUUUGGAAAAAUAUUUCGGCUGCCUUGCGAUAAUCGUAAAUUUAACCUUCAGUGAGUUUGCAAGAAAAAUAUAUUGACAAAAUCUUACGAAAUGUAUUCAGGUAAUAUUGGGAACUAUUUAUUUUUAAUGCAAUUGCAUUGAUGUUUCGUUUCAUAUUACAGAUCGUAGUUUAAUUGUA